GCAACGGAAUCGGACACAGCUCAGCCGCGGGAGUGUCAACAACAUUGAAAUUUUUGGGCGAAAAAUAAUUCUUCACUACAAUUUACAGGCGGAUGUAUUGGAUCUGAAUAAUGAAAGGAACACUAUAAAAGAAGACAGAUAUAUUUGAGAUGGAUUAGUAAAGAAGUAAAACAUUGGCAAAUAAGAUUUACCAUGUCAUGAAAAGUGUAAAGUUGUUCAGAAGUGACACAUAAAAAUCGGACUUUCAAAAAUAAGUCGGCAAAAUGGCGGCUACUUGUAUAAUGAAGCAGGUGGAGGAGAGGCAUGUUGCAACAGAAAUCAUCAAGUGUGUUUGGUCUCCCAAGAUGGAUUUAGUUGCGAUUGCAAACAGUCAAGCCCAAGUGUCAAUGCAUCGACUCUACUGGCAACGGGUCUGGAUCAUCAACUCUCCCGGAGAAAAUGUGAAGGUUAAAGGUUUGGCAUGGAGGCCUGACAGCAAAGUCCUUGCCAUUGGGUAUUCUUCAG